AUGCGUUCUGUCUCAUGUCGGCUGCCCCCCGCAAGUGCUGCCGCUCACGUCACUCGGCAGCUUGUGGUCGCUGUCCUCGUUUUCCUGCUCAUUGCUGGAACUGCUACAGCGAACACGUUUACCGCAAGCACUGGCAACGUGUUUGCGUACGAAACGAGCCUACGAGCCAAUUGGCAGUUUGGCGUCUUGACGGAUGAAUCCCCGUCUGCAAGCGAUUUUACCUCCAACUUGAACGCCCACGGCGGGUUUGCCUUCAACAUCCCGCUGGGCUACAUUAUCGAUGGCAUCAAGAUCGACAUUCCCUACUCCUACGAGUCGCGCUGUGGGAUCAGCACGGCUAGGACAACACUCGUUACCCUCCGUAAUGCAUCGGCCUUUGGUACCUCUUUCUUCGACUCGUCACCCAAGACAGCAAACCGCGCGCUCCUCCCCAAUGGCCCGCCACCGCCACCGGUUUCUUACGGCUCGUCAUCCGACAAGUGGGGCCUCGCUGCCCCGCAGCCUGCACUCGUUGAUGCUCUCAACAAUGGAUAUCUCGGUGUUGGCAUUCGCAUCAAGGGCCGGGCCGAAGAUGAUAGGCAUGCAGUCGUCUGCAUCGACACCUACUGA